GGCAUGGGUUGACACCAUGUUGAAAAUUACAAAUUAACAGGUUUACAUCAAUUCAUAUCGAGUUAGGAACUCUUUAGCUCAUCCAAUAUGUCGCUUAGCAUCUGAUGCCGCAAUGGUGAUAUGUGGCAGUCUCCCUGCGCUAGCCUGAAGCUAAUUCCGCUUCUAGACCUCCAUGCUAGCCAAGUAUGAAUUCAGAGAGGCAGUGACAGCGGCAGGUGGUGAUAACAGACCGUCCUAAUCCAACCACCAGCCAGCUAGUGAGCCAGGCCUUUGUUUACCUGAUUCUCAGGUAAGAGGUGAGCAGGGGGCAGGGCCACCCACGAGGUAGGAGGGAUGCCUGUGGAGGGCGGAAGCAGCAGCGGCUCUGCUUCGGCUGCCCGUCACCCCAAGCAGAAGCGCAAGGCUCACAGUUUAUCUAUCCGGCGCACCAACAGCACAGAGGAGAGGCCACCAGGUAUCCAAAGAGGAGACAUGCUGGAGGGUCAGGACUCCAAGCUGCCCCUCUCCCUACGGAACAAUCUUCUUGACCUUUUCGGCCAGAUUGAGCGCGAGUUUGAAAACCUCUACAUUGAGAACAUCGAACUACGCCGGGAAAUUGACUCACUGAAUGAGCGCCUGACCGGAGAUGGUCAGACUAUUGAGGGAGGAGACCCCACCAAGGGAGCUCUGAAAACAAAAGCCAGCCACAGCACCAGUCAGCUGUCACAGAAGCUGAAGACGACCUACAAAGCCUCUACCAGCAAGAUUGUGUCCAGCUUUAAAGCCACCACGGGCUCCCGGGCUUUGUGCCAGCUGCUCAAGGAGUACAUGGGCCACCGGGACGGGAUCUGGGACCUCAGCGUCACCCGGACUCAGCCAGUGGUCCUGGGCACCGCGUCUGCAGACCACUCAGCUCUGCUGUGGAGUAUAGAGACUGGGAAAUGUCUGCUGAGGUAUGCCGGCCACGCAGGAUCAGUCAACUCCAUCAAGUUCCACCCCACAGAGCAGAUGGCCCUCACAGCCUCCGGGGACCAGACGGCUCACAUCUGGCGCUACAUGGUGCAGCUUCCUGCCCCCCAGCCACCACCAGAUGUCAGUGCUCCAUGCGAUGACGACCAGGACUCGUCAGACAGAGAAGAAGGGGAGGUGGAUGGUGAGGGCCCGUGCGAGGUCCCCACCGUCCGGGUCGCUACAGCAACACUGAAGAGCCACCAGGGUGUAGUGAUCGCAGCUGAUUGGUUGGUGGGAGGACGACAAGUGGUGACAGCUUCCUGGGAUCGCGCUGCCAACCUGUACGAGGUGGAGACGUCUGAGCUGGUUCACACACUCACUGGACAUGACCAGGAGCUGACCCACUGCUGUACCCACCCCACCCAGCGCCUGGUGGUUACUUCGUCCAGAGACACCACAUUCAGGCUGUGGGACUUCAGAGACCCGUCCAUCCACUCCGUCAACGUCUUCCAGGGACACACUGACACGGUGACGUCGGCAGUGUUCACGGUGGGCGACAACGUGGUCUCAGGGAGCGACGACCGCACCGUCAAGGUGUGGGAUUUGAAGAACAUGAGGUCGCCCAUAGCAACCAUCCGCACUGACUCAGCGGUGAACAGGAUAAGCGUCUCUGCCAACCAGAGGAUCAUCGCUCUGCCGCACGACAAUCGACAGGUCCGACUGUUCGACAUGAGCGGAGUGAGGCUGGCCAGGCUCCCGCGCAGCAACAGGAUGGGUCACAGGCGAAUGGUGUGCUGCACAGCGUGGAACGAAGAGAACCAGUCGUGCAACCUGUUCACCUGCGGCUUCGACCGGCAGGCCAUCGGCUGGAACAUCAACAUCCCCGCACUGCUGCAGGAGAAGUGACGCCGCUGACACACACGCGCAGACACACACAGUAGAGUAGGAGGCGGUGUACACGCACACACACACACAAACACACACACACACACACAGUGUCAUGCGUGGCUUCGCACAUGCUACCAUGUUGGGAGUGUGAAGCAUUUUAGUCGUCACUGAUUUCCAGCUGCUGUGAAGAACACUGUUAGUGUUGCUUUGAGGACGCAGCUGUAGGAUGGAUGGAUCAUGCCGUCAUACAUCGUGCACGCCGGCAGCGGCGGGCGACACAGCUCCAACAUUCAAAGCGUGUGCGAGGCCACUGGGCUGAUCUCCUGUAUUCGACCCUUUCGCUUAUUCCGCAUGAAUCGUGAGUCGUGACGUGGCUGGACUGGUCCCUUCACUCCCAGCCUUUUCUGUUUUAACGUAUCAAAGCGUGUGUUUGACUCCACAGUCACAGGCUGCUGUUCACAUCACUGUUGUUUAGUUACUGCUGAAUGGUUGCUCCUGCAUGUAGAUAAACCCGUUGUGCGAAUGUUACUCGCAAAGCUGUGAGAGAACAAUGACAAGGCCAGGAGAGUUUGUAGAAUACGAUAUAAAGACGUACUGUAUAUAUUAUGUCGUGGCCUCAUUAAGUGACCUGUGUGGCAGGUUGUCGCUAGUUCAUGGAUUAAGUGUCUUUACAGUUCUCUACCUUAUGAGGGUGGAGUUUGGCAGAGAUGGUUCUGUGAAAUGUUUUUAUCCUUUUAGUCAGCCUUUGAAUAUUUCUUAUCAUAGAACAAAACACAUCAUGUCGAGGAUCAUGCCUGCCCGAGCGCCUGUGCAGCGUGCACAGUUGUCUUAAAGCGUUUCAGACGGGAUCUGCUGCCCUGUGUGAAAGUCUUCACCCGCUGAGAUUCCCUUUGAUUUCAGUUCACAGCCAGCCUCCGCAUUUCCAGAUUUUGCUGUCGAUAUUUCGAACUUACGAUGCUGUAACUCUGCCUUGUUCCAUGUUUACAGUAGGAUUUCAUUUUUCAAGUGUUACUCUCUUCUGCCUCUCUGCCAGAAUGCUAAGUGUCAAGAGCAUAGCAAUAAUGGGGAAAUGGCUGUACUUCUGUUGUUCACAAAUCUUUUGUAGGUCUGUGAAAGGGAUGUGUACAACCUUAUCAUAAUCUAAUAUUCCCUAUAUGUUACAGGUUUAGCUGUCACUACUUUUAGCCAUAAUGAGAGUCCGUAUUUCCUUGUGUCAGUGAAUUACAGAGCCAUCCUCUUCAGCCUGUUGCCAACUCAGAGCCCUGUGUCGCUGUUGUGUGUCAUUACCAAGUGAACUUGGUUACUGGUUAUUUCUGUGCUUCAGUAACAGCCUGUCAGUAUGAAGUUGUAGUGUUUACACUUUGCAUCGAACCCUCAGCCUUGUACGACCUUUGCACCUUUUGUUGUAGAUGGCUUCUCAGUCUGUGGGAGGCGCUCUUUCUCCCAAACACAGAAGCAAUAACCCAGCUCCUCCAUGUGUCUGGUGCUCGGCGUGAAGCCCCUUUCUGUCUUGGAAAUCAGUGAAUAUGACUUAAAAUGUGCACUGAAUCUCAGUUGGAGAAUUACAACUAGAAUUGGGCUUAAGCGUUACCCAGGAAACUCUUGUUACACUUGUGCAAUAUCCUAAACAUGAAGUCAUGCUGUAGUUUUUGAUCUCAGAUGUUUAACUUAUUUCAGUGCUGUAAAUCCCAGAAAAUGACCUGAUGUACUUGUGUGACUGCUGUAGCUCAGUGUACAUAGGGAUGCAUAACUUCCUGCUACACACUGUACCGCUGUUUCUACCAACAAUAGAGUCAGGAUGGAUUUUGAAGUAGCAUGAACCUAAAAAUGUAAUUAACUUAUUUAAAUGCCUUACCAUUGCAUUGAAAAUGGUGCAUUAGCCUUAUCCAUCUGAGCAUCAAUGCACUUUUCCAAUUGCUUGUUAAAUAACUCUCUGUGUUCCGCUGCACAGUGCAGAUAGGAUUUUUAUUCCUGUUUCAUUCAGGGAACUCAAUCUCGCGCCCACUGAAAUCAAUGUCAUUUUAAUCCGCAGGUAGAAAAGCAAGUCCAAUUCGCACCCCACGAGUUCUGACUCGGAGGAAAUAUGAUUUUGGAUUGAUACAUUAAAUUACUGCGUGCCAGAUUGGAGGGGUAAAAAAAAGUGGAUAGGCUUCGCUUCAUUGUGGCGAGUCGUAUUCAACUCAAACUUCAUUAUGUGAGCUACUUUGCAUACUUUAUUGUGACGGGUAUGUGCUCUCUGACACUUUCCAAUAAAAAUGUGUGAUUUCCUUCUCCA